CAAGUGGGACUGGAGACGGUAAACUCUCCCACAAAGUGGGCCGAAAAAAGGUUAAACGGAGUAGAUUCGGAGAAAAGCAGACAGCAGCAGCCGGAGCGCACACGAGAUUUAUUAAAGAGAUCAUUUGCUGGCAGCGGGGGAGACAUUAAAAUGAUGGAUGAGCUGUGCGUAAAAAUCCACAAGAUUCCUCUGAGAGGCUGACAGUCGGAUGAAGGACUGGGCCAAAGCGCGACUUGAAGAGAAGCUUAUUCAUGCAAAUUCUUGAAAUCAUAGGCGUGCCUUUGGGCGAUGGAGUCACAGCCGGAAAAGCAAAGCCCCCUAGUUGGAUCAUCACCGACCUUCAAAGACUGUGAAGCGUGGCGCACAAACGCACUGAUGGCCACACCGCGGCAGAUGUUUUGACGCAAGAAGUCGCAUUUUCUGUUGACUGGCUGUUAUUCUUCCAUAACUCUGCGCAGCGGUCCUCCUGUUCAACUGGAUCACCACUAAAAAGUUACUGCAGUAGUCAUCACUAUCAACAUUUUUUUUUUUUUUUUUAAUCAUUUUUCCUCAUUAUAGAUGUUUACACUCACUCCGGAUUAUUUCAAGCAGCCCUGAUGCAGAUUUUAUCACCGAAACCUUUAUUUACAAUUUAUUUUGCUUAAACACUGAUUUUUUUUUUUUUAUCCAUCUUUGAGAAAACUUUUCAUUUUUCUCCAAACCGUUGAGGAUUUUUUUUUUUUUCCUCCAGCUUCACACCACCAUGUCCGACGUCGAGAGCUGCUCCAACCCCGGCGGCCUGUGCGACACGGACGGCAGCAGCGUCCUCAGCUGGGAGCAAGUGCAGCGGCUGGACGCCAUCCUCACGGAGACCAUCCCGAUCCACGGCCGGGGGAACUUCCCCACGCUGGAGAUGCAGCCGCGGCAGAUCGUGAAGGUGGUGCGGAGCCGGAUGGAGGAGAAGCAGAUCCACGUGCGGGACGUCCGGUUGAACGGCUCCGCGGCCAGUCACGUCCUGCAUGAGGACAGCGGACUAGGCUACAAGGACCUGGACCUCAUAUUCUGCGCAGACAUGAAGGGAGAAAGCGAAUUCCAGACUGCGAAAGAUAUAGUUUUGGACUGCCUCCUGGAUUUUUUACCCGACUGUGUGAACAAAGAGAAAAUAACCCCGUUGACUUUAAAGGAAGCCUAUGUGCAAAAGAUGGUAAAGGUGAAUAAUGACUUGGACCGCUGGAGCCUCAUCUCACUCUCCAACAACCGAGGGAAGAACGUGGAGCUGAAGUUCGUGGACUCCCUUCGGCGGCAGUUUGAGUUCAGUGUGGACUCCUUCCAGAUCAAACUGGACUCCUUGCUGCUGUUCUAUGAGUGCUCUGAGAACCCCAUGUCUGAAACCUUCCACCCUACCAUCAUGGGUGAGAGCGUCUACGGCGACUUCAGCGAGGCCAUGGACCACCUGCGCCACAAGAUAAUCUGCACCAGGAACCCAGAGGAGAUCCGCGGCGGGGGCCUCCUGAAGUACUGUCACCUGCUGGUGAGGGGGUUCCAGGCAGCAUCAGAGUCUGAGAUGAAGUCCCUUCAGCGCUACAUGUGCUCCCGCUUCUUUAUUGACUUUCCUGAUAUUGGAGAGCAGCAGCGCAAGCUGGAGUCCUACCUUCAGAACCACUUUGUAGGCCUGGAGGACCGCAAGUACGACUACUUAAUGACCCUUCACGGGGUUGUCAAUGAGAGCACCGUGUGCCUGAUGGGACAUGAGAGGCGGCAGACCCUCGGGCUCAUAGCCAUGCUGGCAGUGCAAGUCCUUGCAGAGCAGAAUGUCAUCCCAAAUGUGGCUAAUGUUACUUGUUACUACCAGCCUGCUCCUUAUGUGACAGACGGUAACUUCAGUAACUACUACAUAGCGCAGGUGCAGCCGGUGUUUGCCUGCCAGCAGCCUGCAUAUUGCACAUGGCUGCCCUGUAAUUGAGGCAAGGGUCUGAUUUCUUUAAAAGCAACCUUUAUGGCCUCAGAUCUAUCCAGGGUGUUUACAGUUGACAGAAGAGAUUUCUCUGUUUAAUGUUUUGCAUCAAAGCUUCUGCUUUAGUUCAUACAUAAAGUAUGAAUGACACAUCCAGAACAACUGCCGUGUUUCAAAGUGAAUAAAGCACCUUUUUUUUCGAACGCCAACCUCACCUCAUCCUACAGAGACCAAACAAGGGGAGGGUUUGUACAUGGCUAAUUUUGGGUAUAUUGGAAGCGAUGGCUGAAUGCAAAUUUCUGCCUGCCUCAAAGUGAGCAGCAGAACUGUCACAGACAGUGAUCGAAUCCGUCACAAACUAAUUAGGCUGCAGACCGAACGGCUGCAUUGGUGUCCUGAAGCUGACAGCUACUCCAGCAAAGCUUUUAUGGGUGGUCUGCUCAGUGUAAAUCAACACACUCUCUCACACAUUCAGGAUGAAAUUAGAGAUGUGUGUGCAAGGCUUUAAAUCUGCUGAACUGAGGCCAGUUGCCUUUUUGACUGGUUAACAACCUUUGCAACCAAAGAAACUUUUUGGACCACUUCUGACAUUAAAAUCCAUGUUGGAAAACUACACAAAUAAUGAACCUAUUGUCAUAUUGGUUUGUAUAUGUGAACAUAUGUAAGUUUCUAAGUGCCUCUUGCCUCAAAGCAGACAAGGAAAGCAGUGAGCUGGCCAUGUGACCCCACUCUGAUAACAACCCUAUGUGCUUCUGAAUGUAUAUGUGAUAUAAUGCGCAGUCAGUAUUGAGAUGAAGAAGAGCACCAUGCUUUGGUGGGAAUUUUUCAUUAAAGUAGUAGCCAAAUAUGUGAAAGGUAUUUUGUAAUGUUUACAUUGUUCAAAUUGAAAAUGUUAUCCUCAGCAAGCGAUAUCCUAUCUGCGUACAGUUGCAGCAUUAAGAAGAAAGAUCAGAUCAUCAGCAACUAAACCACAUUCAACUAGUUUCUUAUCUUCUGUAAAUGUUGUACAGCGGUGCGUCUCUUUUCCCUUGUCCAAGAAAAAGCAGAUCAGAAACAAAGAGGAGGGUCUGGCAGUGACCCUGCUGUGUGUGGUCCCUGGGCUCCAUCCAGAUAUUUCCAGAGACACCUCAGAUCAAGAGACACUGUUUGCCAUAACGCCCUUGCAGGGAAUUCCUCAGCAUCUGCCAAAGAGCUUGAAAACUCUGCCAGAGUCACAUCCACAGGUUCAGGGUUUAGGAAACGUUGUGCCAAAAACUUCAGCCGUACGCGUAAAGCUAAUAAUGUGGUGAUGGGAGGGCUGAGCUGAAUGGAGAAGGAGAGAAACCAGCAGAGAGAAAGGAAGCCAGAGGGGAAGAGUGAUCAGUCUGGAGAGAUGGGUGCAGCUGGUGAUGGGGUUUAUCUGUUUAGAGCUACCCCACUUGCUGUAGAACAUGUUACGGUUAUGCUCAUAUUACGACUUGUAGCAGCUUGCAGCCUUUUGGCAAAAUUAAAUGGUCUAUUUUCAGCUUUUGAUCUGGUUUAAUGAAUGUUUAUAAAAAAACAAGUGCGGAAAACUGAAGAACACCAUAUACCAGCCACAGGAGAUUUUAUGUUGCAACAUGUGUUUGUUUAGUUAGGUAGUCUUAUUUGGUGUUCACCAGUGUUCAGUUUAAUGUUCAUGUCAUGUCCAUUUUUGAUUAAAUUUAUUGAAUGUGAAAACUGUGAUUUUAGCCAUAAAGUUGCAAGUUUUCCAAAAUGCAUUCAUUUAUGUUGUCUUUGAAAACACACUUCUUUCUUUGAUCACGUUCCAGCUCUGAUCAGUUGCUUUUGCUCAGUUGCUGCCCUUGUUGAUAGAUUGUAAAGGCGAUGUUCGUCAGUCUGCACUUAAUGAAGUCCUAACAGCUGAUUAGCUAGCUAGUUCCAGUGUGCCUGUCACCUAGUGAUUGCCACAUUGUGUUAGAGAUUGUGAGUCUCAAGUUUCUGUUUCUGUUUUUCGCAAACUUUUACAAACCACACGUUCAGAAAAAUCCCUGUUUUGUAUGUAUAUUUUUUAUGAUUGUACCUCUUAUAAAUGUAUAAGACACUGCAGAUGUUGCGGUGCUUUUGAAUCUGUGAUUGGGCUUUAAAGGAUAUGGUCUCCAUAGCUGUGUUUUGCUAUGUUAUGUAAUUUGUUCAAUUGGUCAAUAGGGUAAACAUGUUUUAUUCAAUAAAAAAAGCUGAAAACCAGA